CUUUUUUUGCUAUUUUUACUCGUAAGUCGUCGUAUUCGUAAUCGUAAGUGUAUUUAUUUACCGGCUGGCCUGCUCAAGUUAUAAAUUAUAAUACUCUCUCAUCUGUGGCUCAAGUGCUCGUUUUACUUACUUUUCCUAUAAAUUAAAUUGCGUGGUUGAGUAAGGACUCAAAAUAUAAAUAAUCUAAAAAAUGUCUGAUCGCGGUGAUCGUGGUAAAAGGUAUAGGAAGGAUAAAGGUUGGGGUAGUUCAAAAUUCAUACAACCCGUAGCCAGACAUCCACAUCGAUUGAAAGGGAAAGAUAUUGGCCUUUUUUACAAGAGACAACAAGCUAGGCGAAAUAAAAAUACACCUCUAACGAUAAAUUUAUCCAUCCCAAGUUCUGUAAUUGCUAAGUUAAUAAGCAAUAUACAACUUAUCACUAAGUUAGCAGCUCAACAAAAAAUUGAUAUAUUCCCUGAAAAGAUAUCUCAUUUGUUCAGUCAAAAAGCUUCUUUAUCAAACAUUUCGUCAGAUAAAAAAGACUCUGAAGUGCCAAAAUCUAGUCAAGCAAUCGCUGCACCUGAAGCUCAUACAAGUCAAAGAAGCGAUGUUGAUUCCAAAACGUCGGUAAAAACAAAAAUUAACACAAAUUAUUAUUUUGAUAGUGAUUCUACACCAAGUACUUCAGUUGAUGAUAUACCAUUUGCACUUGAUGAAGCUAGCGAUACAGACAGAAAAGAUUUUGACGAAAGAGUGUUGAGUCUAAGAGCACCAGCAGAUUUUAAAUAUGGAUACAAAGACAUAAUUACUGGAACGUUUAAGGAAAAACUCAAUGAAUGUCUGGCCAGAGGCAUAAACAUCACUAGACAAGAUGAAGAUAUUGCAACUUUAAAUCUCGUUCUGUAUGAAGAACAUCUAAACGCUUUAUCAAAAUCACACUACAAAAAACUGUUGACGUUCCGUGAAAAAUUGCCAGCUUAUAAGAAAACUCAGCGUGUUUUAGAAAUGGUUAAAAAUAACCAAGUGAUUGUCAUAAGUGGAGAAACUGGAUGUGGGAAAUCAACACAGGUACCACAAAUGAUUUUAGAUGAUGCUAUUAUGAAGAAAAGGGGCGGCAAUGUAAAGAUUCUAGUCACUCAGCCAAGAAGGAUUGCUGCGUCGUCAUUAGCUAGUCGAGUGGCCCAAGAACGUGCUGAAGCUCUUGGGGUUUCCGUAGGAUAUGCUGUGCGAUUGGAAAAGGUUGACUGCAGACCACGUGGGAGCAUAAUGUUUUGCACCACCGGUGUUCUUCUGGUGGACUUGGAGGUCAACCAAGCGCUGUCGGACUACAGCCACAUCAUACUAGACGAAGUGCAUGAGAGAGACACCCAUGUUGAUUUCGCUAUGUGUAUGCUAAAACAGGUGUUGCAAAAACGUAAAGAUUUGAAGUUGAUUCUGAUGAGUGCUACACUAGACGCCGAGAAAUUGUGCAAUUACUUUAACUUCUGUCCAAUGCUGCACAUCGAGGGCUUGGCAUAUCCAGUCAAGGAUGUUUACAUGGAGGAGAUUCUGCAUCUCACGAACUAUCAGCUGGGGGAAGAAGUUAUGCCGCAGAGACCUAAGAACUACCGCGGCAGAAAGUUUGACAGAUCUAUACACGAACAAAUGGAAAAAUCUAUACAGUACAAAGCUGAAAUUGCACCAUGGUUGGAAUCCGUAAAGAAAUUCAUGGAUUCCAAAAUCUACCGCACUUUACAAAAUCCUAAAAUCGAAGAACUCAAUUAUGAUCUGAUGCUUGAACUAAUAAAAUACAUUUGUAGAGGGCCUCCAGGUGCUAUAUUGGUGUUUUUGCCUGGUAUUGGGGAAAUAACGAAACUUAUGUCAAUGUUAUAUGACAAUGAAAGGUAUUUGGGAUCAAAAUGCGAGAUACACCCUGUUCACUCAAAACUGCCAUCUCUUGACCAGCGCAGAAUAUUCGAAAGACCUCCUCACAAUGUGAGGAAGAUUGUGAUUGCAACGAAUAUCGCUGAGACUUCAAUCACUAUAGAUGACAUUGUGUACGUCAUUGACUGCGGGAAAAUUAAAUACAGCGGUCUAAACGUCGAGCAUUACUUCUCCACUUUGAAGGUUGAAUGGGCUUCUCAGGCGAAUAUGCGUCAAAGACGCGGUCGCGCCGGCCGUUGCCAACCAGGCGUCUGCUACCACCUAGUGACAACCUUCCGUGCUGCGAAGCUUCCCGAACGCCUCCUGCCAGAGAUGCAAAGGAACAACUUGCUAGAACCGGUGCUGAUGAUUAAGCAGCUUCGACUUGGGAAUGCAGCAGAAGCUUUGAAGCAAUUCCCUGAUCCACCUGAAGAGGAGACUGUGAAGAGAGCUGUGAAGCAUUUGCAGCAAUGUGGAGCGCUGGACGACGAAGAGAAGCUGACCCCACUGGGAUGGCACUUGGCGCGCUUACCAGUGCACCCUGCAGCAGGCAAGCUACUGGUCCUAGGCGCCCUGUUUGGAUGCCUCGACCGAGCGGCGAGUGUGGCAGCUGUGUGGAGCUUCAAAGACCCGUUCCUGCUUAUACUUGACAAAGAUAACGAAAUAAAAGAAGUAAAGCGCCAGCUAGCAAUGGGCGAGCCUAGCGAUCAUAUGGCCCUAUCCGAAGCCAUAAUACAAUGGGAGCAAUGUGACCCAGGAGAGCGCAAAGCAUUCGCUUAUGCAAACUUCCUAUCAAACAGUACGUUAGAACUGCUGUCAGAAAUGAAGAAACAGCUAGGAGGAAACUUGCAGCAAAUGGGAUUCUUGAAUACGGGAAGAGUGACAUCCACAUUUGAAAACAGGAACUAUGAGAAUUUGAGCCUUUUCAAGGCUAUUGUCGCAGCAUCGCUGUACCCCAAUAUUACCUCUGUCAGAUGGAUAAAUUUACACGCUCGUAAUCCAAACAAGCAAAUACGAGUGUGCCCUAAAUCUCCCGAUGGACCGAUGACCAUUCAUCCCAGCAGCCUCAUGAGUCCGCCUAAGAGACUGCCUCACAGGCCUCUGCCGCCGAGGACUCCGCCAUGUCUAAACCCUGGUGCCAACUGGCUGGUGUACUGGCUGAAGCAGAAGUCUUCGGACAUGUUUCUGAUCGAUGUCACUCUUGUGUACUCGCUGCCUUUGCUGUUCUUCGGGGAGUUGAAUAUUUCGGAAACCGAGCAAAACGAACCAAACUAUUGCUACGUAUGGAUAACGUGUUACAGAGUCAAAAUGUUAAAAGAGACUGCAAAGCUUCUCUUUCAACUAAGGUCGCUACUGGACCAAGUCCUAGCAUCCAAGAUUAUGGUCCGAAGUAAGCACUCUACUACACAUAACUCCGAUUUUGAGGAGAAAGUUCUGAACGCCGUAAUAGAGGUUAUAACGGCGGAAGACGAGCGAGCUGAAUACCUAGACGGAGGCACUGAAUCAGAUACCUCCGAAAGUGAUUCCAGAUACUAAAAAAUAAAACUUAAAUAAUCAUAAUUUA